UUUUCAGCCAUUAUGAACCAUUACUAGUGUUAUACUGUUGUAAUAAAUAUUUUAAAAUACGCAGUUUAAUAAGAUACUGGUUACGGUAAUUUCCCUAAAAUAUGCAGUAAGGGCUACAACGGAGAAUUGGCUUCGUUUAAAAAGUUUUCCCUUCUUGGAGAUACACGUAGGGUGUCCUGCCAAAAACAAUGACGAACAAGAAACAGUGAUAUUUAGACGGUCAUGGGAAAGACUGAGUGGGCAAAAGCGCAGUGAGUAACGUCGCUGCUGAAAUGGCUGCAGCGAGCAAAGCGGAACACCGGGAUUCACCAGUUUAAACCAAAUUCAGACUCAUUAAGGACAACAGAAAGUGGGUUCCUGCUACAGCUGUUGAUGUGUCUGGCCCACUGUCGUACAGAGUGAAGACGCCAGAUGGAGACAUUCCGUUGGCGCCGUGUCCUGUGGGUAUAAAGCGAAUACACACCCCGUUACAAUGUCGGGUUCUUCAUGUAAAAAAAAAAAAAAAAUUAGACCACGGUAAAUUAUUUCAAAACUGGGCCCGGCCCAGAGCCCAGACCUAAAUCCAGUUGAAAAUCUGCGGGGCGACCUGAAGAGGGCAGUGCACAAGAGAUGCCCUCGCAAUCUGACAGAUUUGGAGCACUUUCACAAGGAAGAGUGGGCGAAUAUUGCUUGCUAAGUCAAGAUGUGGCAUCUUGAUAGACCCCCACCCAGAAACACUGCAUGCUGUAAUUAAAGCAAAAGGUGCUUCAACAAAGUACUAGCUUAAGGGUGUGACACUUAAGCAACCAGCUUAUUAUAUGUAUAUAUAUAUAUACACACACUGUAUAUUACAUUUUGGCAUUUUAAUGGUGUGUACAUUUUUUAUAUUCACUGUACCACAUGAACUUUUAAUUGACCCGUUUAAUCCCAUAUGUUACACAGGUGACCACAUUUUUGUGUCAUUUUUAUCUCCUAGAGAGUGGUUGUUGCUUGUAUUGUAUGUCCAAAAGGCUUCCUGUGAAUGAAAGCAGAUGUGGUCUUGAUGGCAUAUGAGCAACGACCUGGCGCUAGUGUCAAUGUAAGACUUUGGGAUUAAAUGGGUUAAUUAACACACUUACGACAGUGCUGCAAUAAUUCUGUGCUUCCUUGGUUUUAUCAUUGGUUGUUUUCUUUUUGACAUUCAUGCGAUCCAAUGAACACAUUUAAGCCUUUCAGUUUUUAGCUAAGGAAUGCUGAAGGCUAACAGACUGAUCCUGCCGUGCAGAGGCUGGAACGGAGGCCUGUGACGCGCCGGCAUCAGGCAGCAGCGCCGACAGCUGCUUGUGUUGAUGGCGCUCAAGCGCAGGUCGACAUUUGACUCGAUGCAUAUGUACAUGUGAGUAUUUAUACAUUUCGUAGAUUGAGAUACCCUCUGGUCUCACGCUAUUAAUAACGCCCAUGUUUUUGUGAAUACAAUUAUACAAAUAUAUUUACAGAUCUUUGUAAAUAUAUUUUCUUGGUGUGCGUAUUAAACAGAAAUGAGAGAUAAUUUAUGGAACUCAACCAGGAUCCAAAUUUAUGUGAGAAAAGGUAAAUGUCCGUGAAUUAAGCAAUUCUUUACUGACAGCAGUUACCUCCUCUGCACGUUCCUCAGCUCAUAGAAUUCCUGACCAAUGGGGUGUGUUUCACGCAUGUAGUCAUAAGUGCAGCUUUAUAUAAACGCAUUCAUCCAUAUUUUCUGAUGUGAUGUUAAGGUGUAAAUUUACAAAGCAUUAGAAAUGGGUCAUCAAAGUCAGGGGAGAAAGUAACUUAAGGUCAUGCACGACUGCAGGACAGCCCUGCUUACAGGCCAUUGAAGACGUUGGUUCCAGGAAAGAAAGCCAAAUUAGUUCAAAAGGGAAAAUCUAUAACUGAAUAAUGUGCUUGUCAUGCCCGGCUCGUCCACUCCUUGUGUGUGCCACGCCCCCUGAUUACCCACGUGUACUACCCUGAUCAUUUCCUGCUGUGUCCGCUUCCUUUGAUUAGUCUUUGUGUAUUUAAGUCCUCUUCUGACCUGUUCCCCUUGUCCGUCAUUGUAGUUUAUUGUGGAUCCUCUGUGGAUUGAUGUUCCCUGCUCCCGUUACACUAAUUAAACCCCGAGUUUACCCCGAUUCCGACCUGUCUGCCUGCUCUUUGCACGCCUGCCCGCACGAUCGCCGUUCCGUCCGGCUUAGAUCAUGACAGUGCUCCUGUGGAACAGAAAUUUCAGGCGCUCGGGGUUAAUUUUCUAACCAUUUCAGAGGGUUCCCCAAAUCUGAGCCUAGUGAGUAGCUUUUUUUUAAGGUCUCAUUGGUAUGUAAACACUGAAAUUUUUAAGCGGUAUAAUUUGUUUUAGUCUUUAGAUGCACCCUCUCUAUACCCUUGCUUUCCGUCAUAAAGGCAAAAUUCGAUUGAAAAGCGUCGUCAAAUGUAUUAGCAGAACUGCAGUGAUGCAGGUGGUCUGUCAGAUCCCCACCUUUACACAAAAUGCAUAAUAGAAAUGCGACGAUGCUUUGCUUGCAUAAGCUACUAACUGAAUCAUUUUAAAUCAAGGUUAUACACCUAAUAUGGAUAAUACAGCUUUGUUUCUGCUUACUUCUGUUUGUGCUUCUAGAUCACAGCCUGUAGAAUCAUUAAAAGUAAUGGUUUAAAUAUAGACAGAACUCAACUCCUUAUAUCCAAAUCGCACCUUGCCAGAAUGUAGCUCCGCAUUCCUUUCAACAUUAACCUAUUUUCUUAAUGUAUCCAUCCAUCCAUCCAUUUUCCAAACUGCUUAUCCUACUGGGUCGCGGCGGGUCCGGAGCCUAUCCCGGAAGCAAUGGGCACGAGGCAGGGAACAACCCAGGAUGGGGGGCCAGCCCAUCACAGUCUUAAUGUACCAACAUUUAGAAAAUGAUUCAAAGUGAAUGUUUAAUAAGAGGUCAGUGUUGAGCUAAAAUCAUGCUUUUUAAUCACCUUUAAUGUGAAUUUUCAUUCUUAGCUUUGACCAGACACAGUUCUUGAGUGCAUGAGAUAUUGCUUUGACGCUUUCUGUGUUGUGUUUUUGUUUUUUGACUUAUCUUGCUUACCGUACUGCCGCCAAACCACUUAACAACUAGACUAAACAUGUAAGAAGCGAUUUUGUGAAUAACCUGAUAUUUUAAUGCAUUUUCAUGGAGACAAAUGAAUAAGCAGAAAUAUUACUUUUGGCGAUAAGCCAUCUUGAUGAAUUUUUAAGUUUCAUUUACAUUCAAUUCCUAUUUGACCACGCAAUAUGUAAAAUACCCAAAACAAAUAAGUAUUACUCAUUUUUUAGUUUAUUUUGUAUCUCCUUAAAGUACUAACACAACAUGCCGACAAAUGAACAUACGUGUGAUUGUUAAUUAAUGAAUGUACAAAGCAGCUUCUUGAGGACCAUCCACCCUGUACCUGACAUGGAGAAGGAAUCACAUGACCUUGUCUCGUAAUGUGGGGGAACCCUGGGAGAAUGUGGAGAAUCAGCACUGUCCUGGAAGCAUGGGGCUGAGAUAGUUCUCUCCAAAGCAGGGUGUCAGUGUCAUUCUUGUCUUUCAGUCUCCCCUCACUGCACCCCCCCGGCUCAAGGGUGUUAUUUUUGAUUCCCGGCUGGAAUUUGCAGUUGGCCAGAAGAGGACAUCCUGAAUCACAUGUAUUCAAAACAGUGGGGGCUUCAAAGAAGACUUUGACUUUGUACAGUUUAUUUGUACUUUCACACAUAAAUAUUGUUACGGUAGUCUUGCAUAAAAACACAAUUUUAAAAUGACUGUAAAAUGUUCUAUUUCUGUAUGGUACCUGUAAUUGUUUCUCUUGAAGUUGUACAAUGGAUAGUUGCUACAGAAAGUUUCAAGGGAAACUGUGAGCUACAUGUGAUUCAGUCAUCAACCCAAAUCAUGCCGCAUGCCUUAAAAUCACUGUAUGUUGUUCGCGGUGAGUCGGACAUGAAACAUUCGAACUGCACAAAUUUUGUUUGAAUUCAGAAAAUAAAGAAGGACAACCAGUCAUGAUUUAAUGAUUCAAAUGCAGGUGUUGUGUUAGGAUCUGACUGAAGUCUGCCAAGUUUGUAGAGAAUCUAUUGCCUUCCUGUGGGUAACUGCCAGGCUGAAAUGGAGUCCUGGGAAAGGGGGAGUGGCUCUGUGUCAACCGACAAAAACAGCUGCCUCACCGAAGAGUCAUAAACCGUGCCAAGGGCCUGACGGCAGGGAGACUAACGCAAAACUGGAGAGGACAGACAGGCGUCCCAAGAUCCAUGGGGUGUGUGCUUAGUAAAUGGUGCUGCCGGGGCGGCACUGGCACUGUGUACGGAGGGGAGCCGGCAAAGAUGGGUCACUUUGAUGGCAACGAAAAAACGAGGGUGACCAAGGAGACAGCUCCUUGCGUCCCAUCUGUCUGUCCGGACCAGGAUUUUUUUAAGGCUGUGUCCUACACUGAAGAGAGGAGUCUUCACACCCGCCACAGUGCGCUUCAGGUGAUGGACAGAGUGAUGGAGAGAUGCUAUAACUUCGACCUGACCUACAUCACUGAGAAGAUCAUCUCCGUCUUCUUCCCGCCUGCAAUGGAGGAGCAGCAAUACCAGGCCAACCUCAAGGAAGUGUCUGCGAUGCUCAAGUCAAAGCACCAGGACAACUUUCUGAUCUUUAAUCUGUCCGAAAGGCGUCAUGAUAUCGCCCAGCUUAACCCAAAGGUCCAUGACUUUGCUUGGCCUGACCGACAUGCCCCCCAGCUCGACAAAAUCACCGCUAUCUGCAGAGCCGUGGAGACCUGGCUGACCUCCGACCCUCAGCACGUGGUUGUUUUGUACUGCAAGGGGGACAAAGGCAAAACAGGGGUCAUUGUUGCAGCCUACAUGCAGUACAGCGUCUCAGCUAGGGCUGACCACCUCCUCAGCACAAUAGCCAUGAAGAAGUUCUGUGAGGACAAGUUGUCAUCAUUUCUCCACCCGUCCCAAAACAGGUAUGUCUACUACUUUGGUGGACUCCUCUCUGGGACCAUCAAGUUAAACAGCAGCCCCCUCUUCCUCCACCAAGUUCUCAUUCCCAAUCUGACCAACUUUCAGGCAGGCAGAGGCUAUUUCCCCUUCCUGAAGAUCUAUGAGUCCAUGAAGUUGGUCUAUACCUCAGGAGUCUAUAAUCCACAGAGUUCCACUGCCCAGAGUCUGUGUGUGACUAUGGAACCUGCCCUUCAGCUAGAAGGAGACAUUAUGGUGAAGUGCUAUCACUGGCGCUCACAGGAUGGACGGACGGACGCGAUUUUUCGACUGCAGUUCCACACCGGCACCAUCCAUGGGUCUCAACUGUGGUUCGGCAAAGAUGAGCUGGAUGAAGUCUGUACUGAUAAUCAGUUUCCCUCGAAUGCUAAAGUAGAGUUUAUCUUCUCUUCUGGACCAGAGAAAUUCAAAGAACAGGAAUACCAGAAGAAUGACCCUAAAAUCACAGUUGAAUAUUCUGCUGGCCCUCUGGUACGCUGGGACUCCUACAAGAACUUCAAUCUCCAACAUCAGGACAGCCUUGAAGAUAUUUCCCACACUCGUGGGCCCAUUGAUGGCAGCCUAUACGCCCAAGUGAGGAAGCGUCGUGGGCCCGGUUUUAGUACCGUGUUUUCCGUUAACGGGAGCCCUGUAGCCCGAGGCGAGCAGAGGCCUAGCCAGCAUUUGCAGAAAGUGCCUACUGGAUGCCUCCAAGAUCCUCCAUGGCCUCCUGCUCAGAUGGGCAGGGAGGAACAAGCGUUCCUGGUAGGUAGCCCAGAGGGCAGAAAUGAAAACGGAACAAAGGAGAAAGAGGACAAGGAGACGGCCAUCCUGGAUGACACCAAGACUGCUCCCCAAGAGUGUACAGAGGCUGUAAGAGUUAGCUGCUGGUCCCAGAGCUACAAAAAACCAGUGUGCAAGGCCCCAGUUUGCCUGCCAAAAGUAUGUUGUCUGGAUCGAUGUGACAGCAGUGUCUUUCGCCCUCUCCCCCCUAUUUCACCUUACUCCAAAGCCUCCCAGAGUCCGCCUACCCCUUAUCAACGCCAUAAUGGCCCCUCCCACCUGUCUCUCCCAUGGCACCCACAUCGCUGUCACUCUGAAUGCUCCCUUCCACACUUGUAUCCUUACGGAUUGUGUGAUGCCCCUACAUCCCCUCAUGCUCACACCCUCCCUGCGACCAGCAGGCUGCUCUGUGGAGUGGAGGAACACACGGCAUACCAUCAUCAUUCCCAGGGGAACCAGCUUUGCUCCCAUCAGUGCCACGUCCCCAAUCAUUACCUCCAACCAUUUCUAACUGGUGGACCAGUGCUCACUAGAUGCUGCAGCCAGUGGGACAAAUCUGCCCAAGGUUUUGGCUCCAUUCCCAACAAGCAGCUCAGUCAAAGAGAAGUAGUGUUUUGGCGCGGAGAGGCGGAAAUACAUCGGGGGAAUGAACCAAGGGAAGUGUCACAUUUGGAGCAACAAGGAGAUACAAAUAUCUAUUGGAACAGGGAGGCAGAACUAUAUCAAGGAGCAGGUCAGCAACAGAGUGAGGAAACCACACUACCACCUGAGGAGGAAAAAGAUGUAGAGACGCAGAUGGAAAGGGAGGAAGCGUUUUGGCAUCAAACGGCAACCGCAUCCCUGCUUCUUCGUCGCCCUGCUUACCCAGAAUCCUCCUGCUCUCAGUCAAACAGUAGGUCCCAAUCCUACCUGGACAGCAGCAGCAGUGGCUACCAAACUCCCCAGAAACUCUGCCCUAGCUCCCCUUACCAGCCUUCCUCAUCUGAAAGCCAAGGUUACACCUCUGGUUAUCAGUCCGACUCCACAUCCCCUCUGCCCACAUAUUCUGAAAACUCCAUUAUCUCCAAUCAAUACACAGGCCUACCCAGUACCCUCUCCCCACGAUGGGCACUCCCCGAAAAGCAUUCCUCACCUCUCCCUCUUCCUGACAGGCCUGUGUAUGCACCAGGAGGUGCUAGAUAUAGGCCAGGUCACCUCACCCCCAAAGAUGUACAAGUUGCCCCCUCUGCAACUUUCCUGGUCUCCAGACCACACAGCCCAGAUCACAGCAGCUGUCCACAUGCUCAGAGCCCUAGCACAGAAUACGCACAUCUCGUUAUAUCUGAGGAUAACUUCAUUCCAGGCUUGGCAUCCUACCAAAGCAAGGAGUGUAAAGACCCAGAAUACCAGACCUCGUGCAUUCAGCUCCAAGAAAUUCGACAUCAGAUCCAAGAUCUAGUGAACCACGCCCCAGAAAUCCCAGAAUCACACACUUCACAAACAGCAUUAAUAGAUCCUGUUGAAUCAUUGAGCCACCGUGAUGCUUGCACAGUCAUUGCGCAUGCAAAAUCCUUCGUGGUAGAAGAGAGUCUUGUGGAACCCUCAGUAGAAGUUAAAGUAACCAGCCCUCAGCAAAUAGAUAUCCAAUCUGGCCCCAGCUCUCUCCUCUGCCCAGGAACCACUUGCACGGGUCUGGGACCAGAAAAGACUAUGAGUGACACAGGCCAUGAGACAGACAGAUGCACAAGAGGGCCUUCAGACCUUAAUGCCAUGCAAAGACUUUCCUCUGCUUCCCUUCAAACUCCACCACAGCUCACGUCCUCCUCCAAACACCAUGCAUCAAUCCGUGGGCCUGAAAUUUCUGGCAAUCUACAACCCAUUCUUGACACAGAUGUUGAGGACAUCUAUCACAUACCCCGUUCAGCGGAUGGCUGCUCUACCCCAUCUUUUCCGAUGGCAACUAAGUAUUACCCACUGAGCAUCCCAGUGGUUCCCUACACUGGGUACACUGCUGUUACCAUCCCCUCAAGUCGGCCUCAGCUUCCUGAAGACUCUGGUGCAUUUUCUCCAGAGUCACAACAUGAAAGGGUUUCCUCUGUGAGGACAGCCAUGGCACUUCCAAGCACCCAGCCCGUGGUUUGCCCCAACCUUUAUCACACAUCAUUCUCUACCAAUGAAGAAAAAUUGCCACCUUCCACAAAAUCAAAUGAAGGGUCCCUUACGUUGAGCGGGAUGACACAGAAGCGGGUCAGUGCCAAGUUUGUCCAGGACAGCUCAGAGUUUUGGUACAAGCCUGACAUCUCAAGGGACCAAGCAAUCGCCGCUUUGAAGGGGAUGGAGCCCGGGGCUUUCCUGAUCCGUGAUAGUAACUCCUUCCAAGGAGCUUACGGCUUGGCACUAAAGGUUGCUACCCUUCCUCCAAAUGCCGGCAGUCUUAGCGGCAAAGGUGACCUUCAGGAGCAGCUUGUGAGACACUUCCUCAUCGAGAAGAGCUUGCGAGGUGUGAAGAUCAGGGGCUGUCCGAAUGAGCCCCAUUUUGGGAGCCUCUCCUCGCUGGUGUACCAGCACUCCAUCAUGCCCAUCUCCCUCCCUUGCGUACUUCGCAUCCCUGAGUCCGACCCAAUUACUGACAUCCAGGACUUGCAUGCUGCCAACAUCGUCUGCACAGCGGCAGAGCUGCUCAAGCAGGGUGCCGCCUGCAGUGUGCUGUACCUAAAUUCAGUAGAGACAGAAUCACUGACAGGACCCCAGGCAGUCACCAAAGCUGCCGGCUUCACCUUGUCUCAAGACCCUCGUCCUUCUGCCAUUAUGGUGCAUUUUAAGGUGUCUGCUCAGGGAAUCACGCUCACCGACAGGGAACGCAGGUUGUUUUUCAGGAGACACUACCAUGUCAACAGCGUGACCUUCAGCAGCGUUGACCCACAGGACAGGAGGUGGACCAGCACUGACAGAGCAAAUGCUAAGAUGUUUGGGUUUGUGGCCAAGAAGCCGGGCGGCGGGUCGGAAAACGUCUGCCACUUGUUCGCGGAGCUGGAGGAUGAGCAGCCGGCUGCUGCCAUCGUAAACUUCAUUAACAAAGUGCUGUUGGGGCUGCAUCGCAGAUAAUCGCCCUCAAGGGGAAGUGGGUACACUGAGAGCUGGAGAGUCAGAAGGUGUGGCCAGAGUCCCCCGGGACACUGCUUACACAGUAUGGAUCCACGCGAUGGAAAAUGCCAGAAUCUUAUGCCUGUCUCCAUAAACACGGUUCUCACAGAGAUCUUUCAACAAACCCAAGUGGGCCGUGAAAAAUGAUGACAUUGCUGUUUGCACGUGAAGCAGUUCAGAUGGGAUAACAUGAUACAUGUGAAAGCAUAAUAAAUGCAUAAAGAGAUAAGCAGUGACAAAUAAGAUACCAUUGUUAUUUUAGGGCUGUAUGUUUGUCUGGGUUUAAUAAUAUGCGAAUUGUUUUGAAGAUGCUGAUGACUCUGAAGGGGAAACGACAGUACAGGUGGAAGAAAAUGAAGUAUGGAAUUGUGGCUGAUUUCAUACAGCCUGAGCUGACCAAAAGUGGUGCUUUGAAUGGAACAAGUUUUAAUAACACAAGUGUGGUUGUUGUGACUGAAUUAUAACAGGCAACUCCUUCAAUACCGGAUUCUUACCCUGCCCUUUCUCUACGGUGUAGUCAAGAAAAAUGCAGAUCAUGGAGACUGUACAAUAAGGACUGUAAUGUGAAUAGAAGAAAAGAAUUUGUAAUGAAAUUAUUGCCAGGCUGUGGAAUUCCAACAUUUUCCUCCAUUCUGCUCGCAAUGUGGCCCGUACUUUAUAACGCAAACUGGGAGACGUGGGGGUCGGCCUAGCCUGCGGUAGCCUGUUGUGUUUAUAUGUGUCUGGCACUUCCUUAAGUUUAGCCAGAUGCUGGCUCCCCUUGACCACCUAUGAGGAACCCUACAUCUAGGGAAAGGGGACCAGUGGACUCCAGGUGUUAUGGUUCCUCUUAAUUAGCUGCAGAUGUUUGGGCCUCAUGCCGUGGACUAGACCUUCAGGGAAAUUUUCACAAUGCAGGAUAAACAAAAUUAUUUGGAGUUUGCAUGUUCUCCCCAUAUUACGUGGCUGUCCUCUGGGUACUUCUGUUUCCUGCAAAAGUCCAAAGACAUACAUGCAGACUAACUGGUGUAUCUAUAUUGCCCAUAGUGUGGACUGGCGCUGCCCGGUGCCCUGCGCUGCCUGGGAUAGGCUCUAGGCCUGAAUCCCCAAAUUGAAUAAGUGCCUAGAUGGAUGGACAGAAAUUUCUUGCAUUUAGCUUUUUAAGCUUGGUCAUCAGAUUUUUGAUUUGGCCCAAGUGGCACGUUUAAAAGAAAAACUAAAAUAAAUAACAUUAAUAAAGUUGAAUUAUUGGUUUUCUAGUAAUCCAUUGUUGCAUUUCCAUGGAUUUAUUUAUUUUGUUAGUUAGUUAGUCCAUUUUAUGUAGACUUGAGGUGGUUCAUGUGUUGGUUGUCUAGAUUUUAAAACAUUUUAAAAUAUUGAACAUUCUUAUAUGUGCCAGUGUUUUGUAAUAUAUAUCAGGAAGUGAAGGAUGCUAUAGCAUGCUUUUUAGAAAUUAUCAAUAACUAAAAACAAAUAUGGAACCAACUCGCAUUACUGAAGUGACUGUUUAUAUAUAUAUAUAUAUAUAUAUAUAUAUAUAUAUAUAUAUAUAUAUAUAUAUAUAUAUAUAUAUAUAUAUAUAUAUAUAUAUAUACAACCACACACACACAUAUGUUGUUCUUAAACUUUCACUCUGGAUACUAAUGAAAACGAUUCAUAGAAAUGAUGAAUGCAAUAAGUCAAAUGGGUUUAAUAUUAAUGGGGUUU